GGCGCCUAAUAGGCAUUAAUAAAGUACAAAAAAACCUAACCGUUGCUUAGACUGUAGUACAUGCAGGACUGAGUCGUUUAUCUCACAUUCCGCGGCCUCUUGCUCAAACAUUCCUAAGAGAUGAAGUUAAACCUCCUCCUUCUCGGGGCUGGUUUAGCUAGUGCCAUCCCUAGUCCUCAAAUUCGCGCCUUACCGAACGCCCCCGACGAAUAUGCUCCCGCAAAUGUUACCUGUCCUGCGGUGAAACCUACAGUUCGCAGCGCAUCGAAGCUAUCCCAGAAUGAGACGAACUGGCUCGAGUCCCGCCGGAAGGAAAUUGUCUCGCCCCUUAAGGAUUUGCUCGGCCGUUUGAAUCUGACUAAUUUCGAUGCAUCGGCCUACAUCGACCGAGUGUCUACAAAUACUUCCAAUAUACCCAACAUCGGGAUUGCCGUGUCCGGUGGUGGAUACCGCGCUAUGCUAAACGGCGCUGGCGCCCUGAAAGCUUUUGACAGUCGAACUAGUAAUUCGACUGCUUCCCAUCAACUGGGAGGGUUGUUGCAAUCCACCACUUAUCUUUCAGCGCUCAGUGGCGGUGGAUGGUUGGUAGGGUCCGUCUUCAUAAACAACUUUACCACCAUCAACGAUCUACAGACAAGUGAGACAACCUGGGACCUAACCAACAGCAUUUUAGAGGGCCCGAAUGUGAAACACUUCCAGACUAUCAAUACUAUCGAUCACUGGACCAAAUUAGUGGAGACAGUGCACACCAAGAAACAUGCGGGUUUCAACACUUCUCUUACAGAUUACUGGGGUCGUGCGCUCUCCUACCAGUUCAUCAAUGCUAGCAGUGGCGGUCCGGACUACACCUGGUCAUCGAUCGCCUUGAUGGAGAAUUUCCAACGGGGCCAGGUUCCUCUGCCCAUCCUGGUCGCAGACGGACGAAACCCCGGGGAGCUCAUCAUUGGUUCCAAUUCCACAGUCUAUGAAUUCAACCCCUGGGAGUUCGGUACAUUUGACCCUGCUAUCCAUAGCUUCGCGCCAUUAGAAUACCUUGGGUCCGACUUUAAAGGUGGUCGCAUAUCGAGCGACGGGUCCUGUGUACGAGGCUUUGACAAUGCUGGCUAUAUUAUGGGCACUUCCUCUUCUCUGUUCAAUCAAGGCCUCUUACGGCUGAACAAUACAAGUAUUCCCGAGAUUCUGAAGUCAGCCCUCGCAAGCAUUCUCGAAGCUAUAGGCGAAGACAACAAGGAUAUCGCCAACUACCCCAACCCAUUCUACCAAUAUAAUGGUGCUACACCUGCCAUUGCCGAACGAACUCAUUUAAGUGUCGUGGACGGGGGCGAAGACGGGCAGAACAUCCCAUUACACCCUUUGAUUCAACCCGAGCGCCACGUCGACGUGAUCUUCGCCGUGGAUUCUACUGCGAACAUCCACAGUUGGCCGUCCGGCAAGUCCCUAGUGCGCACUUAUGAACGAAACCUGAACUCGACGGGAGUAGGUAACGGGACUGCGUUUCCUGCAAUUCCCGAUCCCAAUACCUUCGUCAACCUAGGGCUAAACAAACGCCCGACCUUCUUCGGCUGCGACAGUAAGAACCUGACUGGGCCUGCUCCCUUAAUUGUCUAUCUUCCAAAUGCUCCUUAUACACAUCUUUCGAAUACAUCCACCUUCGACUUAUCUUACAGCUAUGAGGACCGCGAUGCCAUGAUUACCAACGGUUAUAAUGUCGUCACCCGUGGCAAUGGUACGGAGGAUACUAACUGGUCGUCGUGUGUGGGGUGUGCGAUUCUUUCGCGUUCCGCUGAACGGACUGGCACUACUCUGCCCCAAGUCUGCACUCAGUGCUUCAAGACUUACUGCUGGGAUGGAACGACUAAUAGUACGGAGCCGGAGAACUACGAGCCGCAGGUCAUGAUUAAGACGAGCCUGGCUUUCAGAGAACAGCCUAGUUAUAUAAUUCCGAUCCUUUCGUUAGUUCUGGCGUUGGCGAUGGUGGUUUAGACCUAGCGAUUUGUCUACGUUGAAAAAACAAAGAGUUUUCUCUCCGAAUUUCCCAUAUAGCAUGAAACCUAUUAAUUACGGUCGCAUGACCACUGACAUAUCUGUCUCAAUACAAUGGGCAAUAUUAUCGGUCA